CUAUUUUCAUAUCUGACGUUCGACCCUUUUGUGAAUCGUCUGUCUUUUUCUGCUCCAAAAGUCUUUUGAGAGUAACAAAAAUGGGUCGUUAUUCUCGGGAGCCUGACAAUGCUGCAAAAUCAUGCAAAGCGCGUGGAUCAAAUCUCCGUGUGCACUUCAAGAACACAUAUGAAACAGCUAUGGCAAUUAGGAAGUUGCCUCUUCGUCGUGCUGUCCGCUAUCUUAAGAAUGUGACGGAAAAGAAGGAAUGCAUUCCAUUCCGCAGAUUUAAUGGUGGUGUAGGAAGGUGCGCGCAAGCUAAACAGUUUGGAACCACACAGGGUCGGUGGCCAAAAAAAUCUGCCGAAUUCCUCCUUCAACUAUUGAGAAAUGCUGAGUCAAAUGCAGACUACAAGGGGUUGGAUGUUGACAGGCUUGUCAUUGAUCACAUUCAGGUUAACCGAGCUCCAUGCCUCCGCAGACGUACCUACCGUGCUCAUGGUCGUAUUAACCCCUACAUGUCAUCUCCAUGCCAUAUUGAGGUGUGCUUGAGUGAACGCGAGGACGCCGUGGCCCGUGCUGCUCCCACAGACGAUGCACCUGCAAAGAAGAAACUCUCCAAAAAGAAGCUUGCCCGUCAAAAGGAAAAGAUGAUGAGGGAGUAGAAGUUUAAGGGUUAAUAAAUGACUAAAAGACUA